ACCACUUCUCAAUAAGAUAAAAGAGGGUGGGCUGUGUGUUCGUGUCCGGAGGAAUGAACUGGGACCUGGAGGAGCAGGAGGACGAGCUGCUCGUCCUGGAGAGUAUCUUCGGCUCGGGCGAGUUCCUCCGGAAAGAGUCGAGCUCUGCCGGAGAAAUCCGAGUAUCCGCGGAGCUUCCUGCAGACUUCACUGUGCUCCUGGAAGAUGGAGAAACACUGAGACAGUAUGCCAUAUCAUUCCUCCCACCGCUGCAGCUGACCUUUGAACUUCCUGGGGAUUACCCGUCCUCCUCCCCUCCCUCCUUCACCCUCACCUGCAGCUGGCUGACUCAUACACAGCUGGCCUCACUGGCAGCUCAACUCUCUGAUCUCUACCAGGCCACUGGUGGCGCUGUGGUGCUUUUCUCCUGGAUACAGUUUCUGAAAGAAGAUGCCUUGAAGUUCCUGGACAUCCAGAGUCAACUAGAGCUUCCUUCUGGUGAACACAGAACUCAAGACAACAAGGAAACUGAGCCUUCAGCGGCAGAAGGUGGUGAGUGCACGUCAGAACCCACAUCUGACCGAUGUUAUGAUGAGUCAGCUCUUUGUGGAACAGACCGGUGGGAACCAUCAACUUCUGGGAGCAGCAGGACAGACUGUCAGGGAGCUUCAGCACUGGACGCCCACAGGGUUGACCAAAACCAAUUCACUUCAGUCCCCAGCCAGAGCAGACUAAACUCAGACUCUGAAACAGAUUCUCCAAAUAUUCUUUCUUCAGAGACAAUAAUCGAAAAAGUAGAUGAGCAGGUUUAUGAUGUAAUACCUGUCAAAAGUUUAGAGUCUAAUGAUCACUCCUCAGUGGGAGAUAAAUCCAAUCAUCCUCCAUCUUCCCAGCCGGAUCCGGACCCAAAAGAUCUAAGUAAACAAGAAGAAGCCUCUUCGCCCGUCCGCCCAAGUGAAACCCCACCAAACUUAGACCAAGCCUUUGCUGGUCUGUCUUUAACUCCAUCACAAAUCCUCCUGUCUCAGAUUCUGAUCCACGAUGCUUCUCAGAAACAGAAAGUGUUUUCUUCCACGGUGUUUGACUGUGGGGUUUGUUACGUGGGCUGGCUCGGAUCGGCGUCCGUGCAGCUGCAUGAGUGCGGUCACGUCUUCUGCCAGGCCUGUCUCAGGGAGUUCUGCAGGGUGAGGAUAAGUGAGGGCAACAUCCGGGGCGUCACCUGUCCUCAGGAGGGCUGCAGCGCCACUCCGACUCCUGCACAGGUGAAGAGUCUUGUAGGAGAGGACCUGUUCAGCCGAUAUGAUCGUCUCCUUCUGCAAUUUACUCUGGAAAGCAUGCCAGAUGUGACAUACUGUCCUAUGAGAUGGUGCAGUUCAGCCGUCAUUCGUGACAAGUCCAGCACUGCAGCGCAGUGCACUGUGUGCGGCUUUGCUUUCUGUGUCGUCUGCAGUAAGACCUACCAUGGGACCAAUGCCUGCUACGAAGAGAAGCCGACAGAGGAGAUAGAAGAUCUGCCGUCCCUGCCAGAGUCAGAAGAGGGCCAGAGGGCUCUUCUUGAUGACUACGUCACUGGCAGCAAGCAGAGACGCCGGCUUCUUGAGAACAGAUACGGGCGGAAAGUGCUGCUGUCUAACCUUGAGAACGAUCUGAAUGACAAAUGGAAGGCUGUCAAUACCAAAGCCUGUCCUCACUGCUUCUCCCCAAUACAGAAGGACGGGGGAUGUAACGGCAUGUGGUGCACUCAGUGUAUGCAGCCUUUUCUCUGGGAUAUGGCAUGAAGAGUGACGUCAGAUACUCCAUCCAGACCCUGGAUAUUGUUCCGUAUAUAGUUUUAUCUUCAUCCAACCAUAGAAAGAAGGUAGACAAAUUGUGCUUAUGAUUUUUAACACUUGACAAUACAAAAUACAAUAUGAUGAAAAAAUGCAGCAAUGUUUCUGCAUGAUAAUAUGCUCCAAACC